AUGCAAGUAUCCAGGUCUGGUUGGGAUCGACAACAGGCCUACAAAAGCCCAUGGCCUCCCCUCAUCUUCCGGAUCCCCAAACCCGGAUUGUUUGACAACAUAUACUUGCCUGCCAUGCCUAUCUCGACAUUCUUCAUGGCUGGGCUUCUUGCUCUCCAAGUAGAUGCAUUGCCUGGACGAGACACGCCUGCGAUACUGCGUCGCGCGUGUCCCGACUACACUACCUACGCAUCGACACAACAUGGUCCUUACAGUGGAGGUCCCCUGAACCUCCCAUACCAGCGCCCCGCAGAGGCAUGUCGUACCUUCUCAUCGGACUCUGUUGAGCGGGUCAUUGAGGAUGUGACUUCGCGUCUUGUCGAUAAGGACCUCGCGCAGAUCUUCCGCAAUGCGUAUCCCAACACACUUGACACCACAAUCCGGUGGCACGUGAAUGGAAGCAGCUCGACUGCGAAUCGUCGAAACCUUGACAAGCGCGAUACUUCAGACUGGAGCGGCCUGCAGACGUUCAUCGUGACGGGAGACAUCAACGCGGAAUGGCUCCGUGACUCCACAAACCAGGUCAUGAACUACCAGAAACUAGCAUCAAAGGACAAGGGGCUUCAUAACUUGAUUCUAGGGGCAAUUCGUACUCAGUCCGAAUUUGUCAUCCGAUCACCUUUCUGCAACGCAUACCAAGCCCCGUCUGUUAGCGGCAUUGCGCCUGAGAACAACUCUCAGGUCGAUACCGUGCACCCAGGAUACGAGACAUCGUUUGUUUAUGAGUGCAAGUAUGAGCUGGACUCACUGGCUCACUUCCUUAAGAUGGGCAGAGAGUUUUAUGAGAACACGAGAUCAACGGAGUUCUUGACGGGUCGUUGGUUUAAGGCGCUGCAGACUGUCCUCAAUGUGAUUGACGCAGAGUCGAAUCCGACUUUCAACUCAGACAACCAGUUCGUUCAAAAUGUGUAUACCUUCCAGCGACUGACUACUGCUGGAACUGAGACUUUGACCUUGUCGGGUGUUGGUAAUCCGCUUAACAGUGGAACUGGUCUUAUCCGCAGUGCCUUCAGGCCUAGCGACGAUGCUACGAUUCUCGGAUACUUCAUUCCUCCGAAUGCAAUGAUGUCUGUUGAGCUGCAAGGCAUUGCCAAGGUUUUGCAGGCGGCAGGGGGUCAUGACAGCUUAGCUUCGGAGCUACAAGACCGUGGCGACAAGCUUGCGGCGGCGGUUCGCAAGCAUGGAAUCGUCACCAAUGGUGAUUAUGGCGAGGUUUAUGCCUUUGAGGUUGACGGUUACGGAUCGCGGAUUAUCAUGGAUGAUGCCAAUGUUCCAUCUCUGCUGUCCUUGCCUUACCUGGGCUUCCUCAACCAGUCCGAUCCAGUCUACCAAAAUACUCGCAAGAUGAUCACUGAGAAGAAUGGUAACCCUUACUACCUGGAAGGCAAUGCUUUCCACGGAAUUGGUGGUCCUCAUAGUAAGUUUCGUUCCCAUAAAUGGAUUCUCAUAUAA